CUUGAAAACGAACAGGCCUUGGCCAGUCUCCCAGCCCGUCUGACUGAGUUGUCCGGCCUUGACUGGGUUGAUCGACAGAUAAGCCUGGUUCAGGCCCUCUUGGCUGGAAAUAUCUUUGAUUGGGGCUCCGCGGAGGCAGUCAAACUUAUGCAGAAAUACCCUAUAAACACCUCUCGCCUCGACUUUAGCAGCACAAGCACCAAUAAGAAAGAUCAAUCGGCUGCUAUGCUCGCUACGUUUGAGGCAACUAAGAGUCAGCUUCAGGCCUUCAUGUUAGAACACUAA